UGUGUCGGGCAGCGCUCGCUGUGGAGUCUCCAUGUGAGCGUAUGUUUGUGUUCGUAUACACGUAAAAAAAAAAAAAAAAUGUGUACGGAGAGCUCAACCGUUAAUUGACUGAAGUAGCGCGCGACACAAACGGGAUUACAGGAGCGACAGUGAGGAGCGAACAAAGGAACCGUCAGAAACUAGCUACACACAGUCAUGGCACUGUGUGGAGCCAAGGGACUGCGUUUCUUGGGGCCCAACGUGUACCCAGAGGCUCCUGAUGGAGGCUGGGGAUGGGUGGUGGCUGUGGCCUUCUUCUUGGUGGAGGUUUUCACUUAUGGCACCAUCAAGAUCUUUGGCAUCUUCCUCCAGGACCUGAUGGAGGAAUUUGAAGAGACCAACAGUCGAGUCUCCUGGAUUGUUUCCAUCUGCGUGUUUGUGAUGACUUUCAAUGGGCCUCUCUCCUCUGUGAUGACAAACCGCUUUGGGUUCCAACUUGUUGUCAUGAUUGGAGGAUUGCUUAUUUCCACGGGUACCAUCGCCACCAGCUUUACCAGCUCCAUCAAUCAAAUGUACAUCACCUAUGGAUUAGUUGCAGGUCUGGGCUACUGUCUGACCUUCCUUCCCACUGUGACCAUCCUUUCCAAAUACUUCAGUCGUCGACGGGCUCUGGUCACAGCCGUGGCUUCCACGGGAGAGUCCCUGUCCAUGUUUGCCCUGGCGCCAGCCUUUUCUGCACUGAGGGACCAUAUUGGCUGGCGACGUACCAUGGCAGUGAUAGGAGCUUUGCAGAGCUCCAUCAUCAUCUGUGGCGCUCUGCUUCGGCCAAUCAUUUUAAAACCCAGAGCGUCCCACGACACAGAGACUGACAGAUUGUCCUCAAGGGAACUGGAUGUCCUCAGUGCACAGGAGAAUGUAGAGGACAUAAAUCCAGAGGACUCUAUGACGAACAAGACCUCACAUGCACCAAAUACCUCAUCCAGUCUGGACAAUGAGCCAGCCAGAGGCUCUUUGAGCACUGGAGACUCCGGUGUUCAGUCUCUAAAGGACACAGAUGACAACAGCCCAGAGGAGAAGACUUUACUGCACAAAGAAGCAAGUUCAGAGACGGAGCAGAAAUUUGCGGAAAGCAGUAAGGCAGAGAUUAGAGAACCUGAAACUGAGGAGGGGAAAAAGAAGAAAGACGCAGAGAAACAAGGAAUGAAAGAUGAGGACAAUAAAUUGCGGGAUGAAAGUUUAUCUGCAAAGAAUUCAAAACUUCUAGAUUUCUCCAUCCUCAGAGAGUGCAGCUUCAUUUUAUAUUCUCUGUUCGGGCUGUUUGCCACACUCGGCUUCUUCGCCCCUCAACUCUACAUCAUUGAGCUGAGUGUGAGUCGCGGCGUGGAGCGGGACAGUGCCACCUACAUGCUCUCCACCAUGGCUGUGGCUGAAAUCUUAGGUCGAUUCUCCAUUGGAUGGAUACUGACACGUAAGCAGUUCAGGAAGAAGAAACUGCUUGUUCUUCUGGCAUGUGUAAUCAUAAUGACUGUGGAUCUGGUGGGAUUUACUUUGGUUACGGAGUUCUAUGGCCUGGCUGUGUGCUGCGCUUUGUAUGGCUUCUUUAUGGGGACACUAGCAUGCACCCACAUCCCCAUGCUGGCUGAGGAUGAUGUGGUGGGCAUAGAUAGGAUGUCUUCGGCUGCUGGGGUCUACGUGUUCAUACAUAGCUUUGCUGGCCUGGCUGGACCCCCACUUGGAGGUGUGCUGGUGGAUGUCACUCAGAACUACGGAUCAGCCUUCUACUCGUGCGCAAUCGGCAUGGCUCUGAGUGCCGUGUUCCUCGGUUUGGUAAAACCUGCUAAGAGAGGAUUACUCUGUAGGAAGAGAAACUCAAAACAACAUGAAGACAUAGAUGAAAGGAAUGAGGACUCAGAGGAACAGAGUGGAGAGCAUAACCUGGACAAAACUGACGGUCCUCAUGAUUGCGCUAAAGCAGAAGUCAUCUUGGAUCACAACCAUGCAGGAGCCACAAGAGAUGUCCAGGAGGUUAUACGAUUUGCUUGAGUUGAUAACGCAGGAUAAGGGUAAUAAAAGGGUCAAGCCACACAGGGGAUAAGAAGCUAUUGAAAGACUACUGCUACCAGAGAGCUGAAGUGACACGAAUACGAUGAAGAAGAAGACCAUUAUUAAGUGUUUAACAUAUGCCUCUGUAGAUCUGGUUUUCUGAGAGCAAUCUUGGGAACCUUUGGAUCACAAUAUGUAUGUAGCACUCAUGCCUUACAUACCCAAUGUACCAAACAGUGUUUUUACCAGAAUCAGUACUGUUAAAAUUAAAAAGAGUGACUAACUUUUAAUGUCAUCCUGUUUUAACAGACAGUGGUAUGAAAUAUUGCUGGAAGGUAUGGACCUGUUCAAAAUGGACCACGAGUGAUGCAGUGUCUUAAUGGAGGUGCCUUUAGAUGUUCCAGAGAGAAGACGCACCGAUUUAACACUGAUAAACUAAUUACCGACUGGCGAUCAAUACUGUAAUGAAAGCCAGAAAAACUGUGAACCAAAUGUAGCUGCACGAACACUAAAUUGCACAGAUUCUGUAACACUUGUUAUAGAGAAUGCAUAAAGCUCAGGAGUACGUGAUUAAAACUUUAUUUUUAAUCAAACUGUCGCCAAGCUGACAAUGCACUGUGAUAUGAGAUGUCAGACUCAAGCUAUUUUUGUAAUGAAAAUGUGUUCAAUCACAAUAAAGAAACAGUGAUUUGAGCCUGUGAA